UCGAAUCUGUUGGAAAAGGUUUUGAUACUGCUUCAAAAUUUCUCGUUAAUUGCAGCACUAAUCAGCUGCAAGAGCACCAGACGCCCAUAGCUGGAGAUAGGAGAAUCAGAAGCCAAGUUGAAUCCCUGCAUUGGCGUAAUCAUAUUUCAUUUUUAAAUUUCGUAAAUUUUCAAAAUGAGUCAGGCAACGUCGAGUGCAUUUAAUACACGCAAUCGAUAUUAUAAUCCCGUCUCCAGAAUCCAAUCGCUCAUACAAAAUUUGGACGCGGAAUUAAUAACACUAUGCAAGCAAUGUUCGCUGCCAAAGAAUGUGGGCAGCAAUAGUCUAAAUGACAGCACCAUUUCGUCGGCGCAGGGAGGAAGUAAUCAUCAUCAUGGCAGCUCCGCAAAUAAUCUCAUGCCGCAGUCACGCACCACGAGUAAUGCAAAUUCAGCUGGCACUUUGGCGCCCGAUGCACACAAGCGUCAGUUGCGCAACACCUAUCGGACGCGUGUCAUCGAUGCCUAUCGAAAUCGGAGAAUAUUCACCGUGUAUGGCAACUAUCACACGGUAAGGCGCGCUCUGGUGCGUCGCGGUUGGUUAGAGAAAUUGCCACCCAAUCGUCACGCCAAGCUGCAGACAAUGUCGGAAGAUUCACUUUUGGAGCAUGCUCGGCGUGGCAAUGAAUACGAAGCAGUUGUCCUAUCCAAGAUGAUCAAUAAUUUUCCCGCCUUCUUCAUCUGGCAAAGUAAAGGAGCCCGCGACAUGUUUGCCGAGGUAAAACCAUAUCGCAAUCGUGUUCGACGCAGUCAGUUUCUUGACUUCUCAACCAAAGUGGGUAUGGUCGGUUGUGCGGAGCAGGAGCGUUGGUUCCGUGAGGACGGCAUUUGUGGCAUGAGCUACCCGCGUGUCUAUCGCUUGGGCGCCAAUAGCGUUGAGGAGCGUGCGGCAUUUAUUGAAGAUUUCCAUCAUACUCAGGCACGUUGUCUGCUUCGAUAUCUUAAGGAGCAUCGACCUGUCGAUAUGGUUGAUCUUGAGCAUGGUACCGUCUUGAGCACCACGAUUGACUAUGCUUUGAACAAGGUUAAGAACAUGAUCAGACAGAAGGAGCAUUAUUCGCUCGAUGAUGCCCGCAUCAAGAUGCCAACGCCGACUGAAAUGGUUGAGAAUCAAUCGUUCAUGGUGCAGUCAACCAAGGUGCUCCACACGCAUGCCAAGUUCAAGGUCAACGAGAAGGUCAUGACCGAAUAUGCCCGACUUGCUGCUCAAUAUCUUGAUCAAAUUGAAACGUUGCGUCAAGAUUAUCGUUGGGACGGCUGUCGUAAUCUCUGGAUACUGAAGCCCGGCUAUCAGUCCCGUGGAAUUGGCAUCGUCAUACGCAAUUCUUUAGACGAAAUUCUGCAAUGGACUUCAAAUAAUCAGAAUAGAAAGUAUAUUGUACAAAAAUAUAUUGAACGCCCCUGUCUAAUUUACCGCACCAAGUUUGAUAUUCGCCAGUACAUGUUGCUCACCGUAAGCGACACUCAGGUGACCAUUUGGACGUAUAAGGAUUGCUAUCUGCGUUUCAGCUCUCAGGAGUUCACCAUGGAUGAUCUACGUGAGUCCAUACACUUGACCAACAAUUCGGUGCAAAAACGCUACAAGAACAAGUUGACCAGAGAUGCCCGCCUGCCAAAGAAUAACAUGUGGUCGCUCGAUCAGUUCAAAUGCCAUUUGCGUCAUGUGGGAGCACCGGAUGGAACAUGGGCAAAGAUAUACAAUGGCUUCAAGCAAAAUCUAACGGCUGUGGUGCUGGCUAGUUUGGAUGAAACUGAGCUGGUACCGAAUGCCUUUGAGUUGUAUGGCUGCGAUUUUAUGCUGGAUGAAUAUUAUAAUCCCAUACUGAUUGAGAUCAACUCGACGCCGGAUCUGUCACCAUCAACAGAGAUUACGGCAAGAAUAUGUCCAUUGGCUGUAAAGGAUUGCAUUCGUGUGGUAUUGGACACUCCAAGGAAUCCGUUGGCCGCAACCGGUCUCUUCGAGCGCGCCUUUCAGGUUAACUAUAACGUGAACAAGGAACUUGAUGGCACUCGGCCCCUGGAACUUAAUGGUACACAAAUGAAGCUAUUUGAAUCCAUGCCAAAGAUCAAACCAAAUCCGCGUUCUCGCCUUCUGCGUAAGAUCCUAAACAAUGUUCCAAUCCCGAAUAGUCACAAGUUAGGCAAGGAUAAGAGCAAAGAAGCUGCCCAAAAGAGUGCCAAAGUGCUUGUAGGUAAAUCGGGAAGCAAUAAACUAUCAAGAGCGAGCUCCAAGGCCCUCGAUGUGGGCGGUAAGACGACGUUAAACUCCACAACGCGUGAGAAUCUGGCACUUCAAUAUACAGCGCCCAAAUAAUAAUUUCUGCGGCAAUCGAACUGUAUAUGACCUCGAGUAGUCUAUAAAAUUCCAGUACCAUUUAAUCAUAUAACAGCUCAAAAAUGACUAUAUCAAGUUUUUCAUUUAUUUGAAAAGCUCCAACAAUGUUCAUUCACUCAUUUUCAUAAAAGUCUCACUUAAUUAGCAGAUUUUUCUUUGAGAGACAUUAAAUAAAAUAGUUAACAAUCUUUAACAGCAA